CCAUAUUCCAUCGCCAUUACCGACCUUUCGUCCCUUCAAAUCCCCAUUUCUCUCUCGCACAUACCAAACCCAAACCCUUCUCUCUCUCCCUCUCUCUCUCUCUAUCUGUCUAUCUUCAAAUUCCUCUCUCUAAAACAAUUUCGACUUUCUCUCUUUAAGAAAAGCCUGAAACUUUCUUCCCUCUGAAAGUCGGAAUCAAAAUCGGAGAAAUGGCUCAGAGGACGGAGAAGGAAGAGACCGAGUUUAAGGUCCCAGAAACCAUAACUCUCUGCGUAAAUAACUGCGGUGUAACCGGUAAUCCAGCCACCAACAAUAUGUGCCAGAAGUGCUUCAACGCUACCACCACAGCCUCCACCACCUCCGCAUCUACCGCAAAUUUGAAGUUUUCCGGCGACAAAAGUCCGAUGUCUAGCUCAGCUUGCCCCGUGGAGCGAUCUGAUAGUCCGGCCGAAAGCAGCCGCAAAACGACGUUGGAAAGUACGAGAUCGGACGAACCGGCGCUGUUUUCAGCUAGACGUGUGGUCAACAGGUGCUAUGGUUGCCGGAGAAAGGUUGGCUUGACCGGAUUCCGUUGUCGUUGCGGCGAGCUGUUCUGCGCGGAGCAUCGGUACUCGGACCGACACGUUUGCAGCUACGACUACAAGGCAGCUGGACGCGAAGCGAUCGCGAGGGAGAAUCCGGUGGUCAAAGCUGCUAAAAUCGUCAGGGUUUGAUCGAUUUGUAGAAAUGAUAAAAGAAAUUCUAAAAUUCAACGAAUUAGACAAAAUUUCAAAAAAAGAAAUCGAAGAUUUUACAGGGAUCGUAUUCGAUCCACCGAUCUCUCUCUCGGAGACUAGAGCGCGAUCUUCAUGUGAGAGAAAGUUUAGAGGGAGAGAGGAGAGAUUGUUAUCGAAGAUCAAAUUCUCUCUGAUAAUUAUCUUUUUCUUUUUUUUUUUUUACUUUUAAUUUUAUUAUGUUUCGGGUUGUUGUCUUAUUUUUAUUUCUAUUUUGAUUUUUUUUUUUUAAUCUUUGAUUGCAAAUGAAAACUAUUGUGGUUUACGA